AGCGUUGACUUCACAGAGCGAGCGAGGCGAGCUGUUGAGAGAAUCUGAACAUUUGUCGAAGCGCUAAGCUGAUUCUCGGUCGCUUCUGCAAAACCACACACUUUCUGCCGAACACAGGUGUAUUUCGCGGUCAUAAUGGGUUGUUGAUAGAGAUAUUUGUUGUGCUUUCGUGCCGUUGAGGCUCGUGACCGGAUUUGCCCGUGGAUAUAUCCGCACACUCGGACGGAAUCUAUUUAUGUGAUUUUUCAGCUCACAGACUUAUAGUAAUCAGACAUCAGAUGGAUCGGAACAGUGAGGUGCGGGACUUCAUGAAUCUGUCUAUCAGCUGCACGACCGGAACCUGUCUCGAGCUCCCGGUUCCGCUGGAGGAGACAGUGGACGGACUGAAGAGGAGACUGUCCCAAAAACUGCGAGUCCACAGAGACAGACUGAUGCUGCUACUGCGAGACACGCGGUUGAGCUCCGGAAAACUGCAGGAUUUUGGUGUUCGUGACGGAAGCAGGUUGACGUUGGUUCCCACAGUUGAAACUGGACUGAUGUCACAGUCAUGGCGGCCGGAGCAGUCGGUCCUGCAGGCAUUAGAGAGUCUAACAGAUGCACAGAUUAGUGAUUUUCUGUCGGGGCGCUCACCGUUGACCCUCACCCUGCGUGUGGGUGAUCAUAUGAUGUUUGUGCAGCUGCAGUUGUCUGCACAGCAGACGGUGCCGUCCGUCUCCAGGGGUCCUACAGGCACCAACCAGACCCCUAAAGUGAUGGGCACUAAUGAAUCCUUGAGGGGCUUGAGUUCUCCCCAGCGGGACCGGGAAGUCCUUAAGACCGCCCCUUCACCUCCCUGCAGCCAAAGUGUUCAUAGCCCCACCCCUGCCACACCCCGCCUUCAGGCUGAGAGCAGUGUUCAAAACUCCAGACAGCAACACAAACCAGGUGCUUUUAUCGAGAGUCUCGUGAACCACGCGCCCGGAGUUUUCUCAGGAACAUUCUCUGGUACUCUACAUCCCAGCUGUCAGGACUGCAGUGGCCAUCCUCGCCGUGACAUCACCACAAUCCUUCAGAUCUUAAACGACCUCUUGAGUGCCACGCGUCACUAUCAGGGCUCCCCUCCGACCCUGGCACACCUCAGCUGUCGGACACCCUGCCCUCCUGCAUCGCCCCGCUCACCCACACCUACCUCAGAGAAACAGCAGCAGAGCGGGCCGCUGCGCAGACCCUCCACUGAACACUUGCGGCAGACGGAGAAUAAAGCCACGCGCUGCAAAGUGGAGCAGCUUCAACUCUUACUGCAGCAGAGACGCCUGCGACGGAAGGCAAGGAGAGACCCACGCGGGCCGUACCGCUGGCCAACCGACCGCAAGGCCGCACGUCGUCAUAGCAACAGCAGCCUGUCCAGCAACAGUUCCCUUGACCUGGGCUUCGAGGAGCCUGUCUGGAAACCAGAGGUGCAGACGGACAUGAAUGCCGAGUUUGUCGUGGCCUAAGCGAAGGUGAAAAACGAGGAGUUAUGGAAACCAUUUCCUGGCAGAUGAGAUGAAGGUCUGUCAAUCAUCUGCAGACGAAUCGGUGAAUCGCUGGGACGGUGUUGUGUUCGGGUGUUAAUGGACAUUCAGAAUCAUUCACAGCUGUUACUAAAUGCAGUAUGUAGCAUUAUCACAUCAGGUUCAUGUUUUGCACAGAUCGUUUCUCUCGUGAGCAUUAAAUAUUUUUGAUACUUGGUUCACACUGACCGUGAAUUAUUUGGUUGAUCAACAGACAAACAGAGUUCUUGAGUUCACUUGGAAAUCACACAAACAUCCAGCUCAUUUAUAUCACUCAUUUUUUGUAAAUUUAUAAAAGUAAAUGAAGCAUAUUUAAGAUCAGAUUUGUUGUAAACAGAUUUAAUGAAGACAAAUUGACUUUAAAAUCUCUCUGGUGUAAUGCAAAUUGACUUCAUUACUUGUUUCGUGUCAUUUUAUUGUCAUGAAAAUGUCUGAUGACAACAAACAUAUUCAUAUUCUGACAAUUAAAGCUUAAUUUUGUUUUUGAAAAAUAUUUCUUAUUUGUUUUUCAGUGGAUUUUGGGGUGAAAUAUGAGCAAGGCAUUUCCUAAAUUUUUUUUGCAUAUACAGUUUUGCAUAUUCAUACUUAAAGGGAUGGUUAACCCAAAAAAAUGAAAUUCUGUAUUAAUUUCUUUGUUCUGCUGAACACAAAAGAGGAUAUUUUGAGGAUAUGUUUGUAACCAAACCAUAUUUGAGCAGCAUUGACUUCCAAAGUAGGAUUUUUCCCACUAUGGAAGUCAAUGGUGCUUCUGUUUCUUGCUUUAUUUCAAAUAUCUUCCUUUGUGUUCAACAGAAAUUUAUCAUGAUACAUGAUACAUUUUUGGGUGAACUAUCCCUUUAGGACAAAUGAAACGGAGAUGUGCUGCGUGAUUGAUUCAUAAAGUCACUUUUGGAAUUUGUCCACAUUUAUUCUGCUGAGACAGAAACGCAGACCACCAUGAGAUGCUUUCAUUAGCUGGAUGUGAUCACAUGAUCUCUUCUUGACUUUUGAGUCUGACCAAAGCGAGCGUAUUUGCCUCUAUGUGUACAGAGACGGAUGAGCUUAUGUCUGCUGUUUGACUCUAUAUUUGAUUGGUAUCUCAGACUGUGUUCAUGAGCUACAAUAAACCAAUUACUUGAUUCUGAUGUCCAGUGUGGAUGGCGAUCGGCACCCUGGACUCACUGUGUUUCUACAGUGGCCUUAUCUCUCUUAAAAGACUAGAAAUGCAAACCGUCUGGAUCAAGGAGUCUAAACUGCAUCUGAGCAUUUGUUUCCUGUUUCCUUUUGGACAUUACUCUUUGUUCACAGACAUGACACGCGUGACAUUCUUGUUAUCACUGUAAUUGAAAUAAUAUUCAUGUAUAAGCUGUUUAAACCCGCUCACUCGUUCAUUACAUAGUGAAUAUCUUGUCGUUCACUAGCUGUAGAAAGUAAGCGGGCAUCACUGUAGGCGCCACUGGUUGCUUUCUAAUGGAAAUGUGGAAUUACAAAAUCACAACUUUCUGAAAGUCCAUUACGUGAAGUUUGUCUUUUAAAAAAAAAAUCUUUGUUCCUAUAUUUCGAAUCGAUAGCAAAGACAUUGUUGAUGGUUUGCCUGCAGUGAUGAUGUUCGAUGGUUUCGUCCUGUCUUUUUUCUUAUAGGUUUACAUCAUUGGAGUAUUUACAUAAGAUAGUAAAGAAGAGUUCAGAUGCUCUGUCAAUGAGGCGUUUAGCUGCUUUUGCAUCUUAGCUCUUAAAAUCUCUUAAGAGUCUUUUUGUUCAUGAGACCUAUAUCAUUUGUCACCUCUCAGACCCUUAACUUAUGUCUAUUCUGACUGCAUUUGUGCUGUGCGUUCAGUCAGUCACAUGGUUAGCAGAUGAGUUGUGAUGUCAUUAUUUCCUAUUGUGUCAACUGAUGAUGCGUUCGCUGUAACACGCUGGUUUAAGAUCUAUGUAGCACAUUUAUUCAACUGUACUGGUUCAUUUUUAAAACUGUGAAAGAUACUGAGCUUUGUGUUUGCUUGUUUUUUUCUUGUAUUCUGUGUUUUGUAAAAAAAUAUGUAAAAAUGUGUUUUUAUUAAGCAAUAAUUAGUAUCUUUUUAUCAGUUAAUAAAUUAAAUAUGGUGA